AUGGACACAUACGUUGAAGAAAUCAGAAAGCUUGAGAACAAGUUUUCAGGAUUGGAAAUCCACCACGUAGACCAUGACAAUAAUGUGGGAGCUGAUGUCCUCUCCAAACUUGAAUCUACUCGAGCAGCUAUCCCACCGAGAGUCUUUGUUCAUGAACUACACCAUCCAUCAGUUAAGGCACAAAGUCAACAAGCCACUGAUGCGGAGGCCCAGGCCACAGUCCGAGAAGUGCUAAUGAUCGAAGAAGACUGGCGGAUUCAGUUCAUCGACUUCAUCAAGGAGUUCAAGCUUCCACCACAUGUUGAUGCCAAGAGCGCUGAAGCUACUCGCAUUAUCAGGCAUAGCAAGGGUUUCGUUCUCAUCGGCAACAACCUGUACAAAUGCUCUGCCUCUAGCAUCUUCAUGAAAUGCGUUACCCUUGAAGAAGACGUCAAAUAUACUUCAGUUGCUCAUCCUCGAGCAAAUGGUCAAGUAGAGCGUAUCAAUGGCUUGGUACUCGACGGCUUGAAGAAAAGACUCUAUGAUGCCAACUCCAAGAAAGGCGGCAAGUGGAUUCAGGAACUACCCCCAUGUGUUAUGGGGGCUGCAAACACAGCCUAG